AUGGCCAAACCGAAAAAUCUAAAUCACUUGGUGAAACUUAUUGUCGGCGCCGGCCAGGCGUCUCCACAGCCUCCUGUUGGUCCCGCUCUUGGUUCUAAAGGUGUCAAGGCCAUCGACUUUUGCAAGGACUUUAAUGCCCGCACCGCUCACUACAUCCCCGGCGUGCCUAUUCCCUGCAAGGUCACCGUCCGCCCGGACCGGUCGUUUGUCUACGAAAUGAAGAGCCCGCCUACCACCUGGCUGUUAGUGCAAGCCGCGGGUGUUGAGAAAGGCGCUCCCGACGGCAAAACCACUGUGGGCACCAUUUCACUAAAGCAUGUUUACGAAAUCGCCAAAAUCAAAAAAACCGACGACAAACACAAGGAAAAGCAUCUCGAGAGCAUUGUGAAGAGCAUUCUGGGCACUGCAAAGAGCUGCGGUAUCGCCGUCGUGCCUUAA